AUCCCUCAUGGCCAAGUCGAAAAGAAGCAUUAAUCCAGCAGAUGCCUUGCGCAAAGCGCAGCAUAAACGAGACUUGAAAAAGAGAAAAGAAGAGCGUAAACAAGCACGGGAAUCAGCCUUGACAAAGAAAGAUACCGGAAAACUACGUCAAGAACUCGCCAGACUUCAAAAUCUAGCUCGAUUAAAGCAACUCGAUAAAAAUGGCCAAACAAGAAUCACUCAAAUUGAAGCUGAAAUUGCUAAAAUCGAGAAAGCCAAAAAGGCCCAAGGACUUACUGGUGCGCAGGCUGCAUUAGCUGCAAGACAGCAACAGCAGGAGCAGCAGCAGGAUUCCCGUAAAUUGGUGUAUGAUCCCAAGUCUGGAGCGUUUGUUGCGGUCAAAAAGAAAAGCAAAAAGACAUCCACGUCCGAACGACAUGACGAAGCAUCAGCGGACGAAUCUUCUUCCAGCACUUCUUCCUCGGAUACGGAUGAUACGAGCGAUGAAUCCGAUGAAAGCGACGUAUCAGAUGCCGAAGAGGUCCCAUUACCGCCACUGACCGAAUCCGACGAUGAAUAUGAACUACCACUUCCGCCGGGCCCACCGCCACCUCGACCAUUCGCGGAACAAUUGGCACCCAUUGCAGCUAUGCAACAAAUACAGCAAAUGACGCCGCCGCCUCCGCCACCCCCGCCCCAUCCUUCGAUGCGACCGCCUCAUUUCAUGGUUCCUCCACCUCCACCGCCCAGACGACAUCCUCAAGCACCGCAUAUGUAUCCUUACCCACCACCUCCUCCUCCGCCAAGAAUGAUGCCUCCUCGUCCAUAUCAUCAAGCACAAUAUCCGCCAUCCGCGCCAAGGCCGGCACCUCAUUACGAAGCGUCUCAGACCGCGACGCCCGCGUCACAGCAAGAGACCAUAUCUGCUGCUUUGUCUGAAGAGACACCGGCUGUAUCAGCGCCAACCGCGGCACCUCAGGUGAUCAUCUCGGCCCAACCCCAAUUGAGAGACCUUCAAAAGGAACUGCUCGGUUUCGUACCCGCUGCUUUGCGGCGGAAGCAAGCGCAGCAGAAAAAGAUUUCUUCUUUGCCAAAAGGAGCACGACCGGCAUCCAUCAACGCUGCUCCUGAUAUUGAUGAUGAUGACGACGAGUUGCCCUCUCCACAAUAGAAAUAAUGCAUACAAAAAUGUUCUGACGCGCAAUAAACUUGGUAUGAUAGACAUGUUACUGAAAUACAAUAUGACAGCCGGUAUGAUGAAAACAGAAACACAUUCCAUUGGUGAGUGCGACUAUCAUACUGUAUAUCAGUGCUCAUUAUGUAGAAUAUCAUCAUCAUCAUCUUCGAAGUAAUGUCAAUCAAAAAAUGAGGUUUUUGUCAAGACCAAAAGUGAUAUCGUGGUGAACAAUGUGGUGCGCGGAAAUCGCACGACGAUGCGUGGAUUUGUGGACAUGACAAAUUGUGAUACAAAAUUCAUGCAUUCAAAAAAAAAAAAGUUAAACCUGACUCAAAAAGUAACUACCG